UUACUAUUUUGAGUUUCAACAAGGAACAAUCUUAUCUUGAAAGGGGGGUUGGAUUUACUUUUAAUAAGAAAGGCUGAAUUGGAAGCUUGCCUUUUUUCCCCCAAAUUUAAUAAGAGCACUAGUAAAGCCUUACACUCCUCAGCCAGCCUUAUUUCAGGAAUGACAGUACAAAGCUUCCAGGUACGCUGCUGUCAUGAUAGAGGAGUGAGACCCAUAUCACCAAAUCUGUGUGAAUUCAUUGAGAGCCAGGAGGGGGUCACACAGCAGGGGAAUCUAGUCUGAGCAUGUUUCCAGAAUCAGUCAGUCCAAUCCAGGACUGGGCAGAGGAGGCGAACGGCAACAUCAGGUUACUUGGAGACACUGUCCUCCAACAUCUGAGGUCCUGAUAGUUACCACUGAUGACCUCGGAAAGUGAAGAACUAGCUUGUGAUCUCACCCCCUUCAUAAUUAGAACAAAACAAAACAAAAUAAAAACGUGCAAGUAAAUAUAUGUCAUUGCUCUGCCCCAACUGAUCACUUACUGAGUGGGAAUUUCUACAUCUGUCUGGAUAUUCUGGAGCAGAACCGUCAGUUUACUGUUUGUCCUAUUGGCAAGCCUCAGGUUACUCUGUUGCUCAUUUUAUCAAUGUUCUUUGAAUGACUAACAAUAACAACAAAUAUAUGUACACACAUACACACACAUAUACACACACACACACAUAUACAUAUAUAUAUGUGUUAUAAUAUAUGCAUUUUGGUUCAUGUUUUGGUUCAUUGUUUUGACAAUUGCCCAGCAGGUUCUGUCUAGUUAGUAGCUUCCCCCUAGUUUAGUAUUGAUCUUAUAACAUGGGCCAGGAAAAGGAAGGCAAGUUUGGGUAAAUACCUGUUACACCUUGAACAUGGUCAAGGUCAGUAUGGGAGCUUUUCUCCAUGAAGCAUCACUUAAUCGCCUGUACUCCCCCUCUGUGGCUUUGUGACAAACUACAGAGCCUGUUAGAGAUGACUGCUGAUGAGUCCCCUUCUAUCCUUAUCUCUCAGGCUGCAGAAGUCCUGAAGGUUGAUGGAGGGCCAUGCUAUUCAAACAGCAGGCGUGGCUGAGACAGAAGCUCCUGGUGCUGGGAAGCCUUGCCGUUGGGAGUCUCCUGUAUCUAGUCGCCAGAGUUGGGAGCUUGGAUAGGCUACAGCCCAUUUGCCCCAUUGAAGGCCGAUUCGGAGCCCGCAGCCAGGCCGAGCUCCCUCUCCGUGCCCUGCAGUUUAAACGUGGCCUGCUGCACGAGUUCCGGAAGGGCAACGCUUCCAAGGAUCAGGUUCGCCUUCAUGACCUGGUCCAGCAGCUCCCCAAGGCCAUUAUCAUUGGGGUGAGGAAAGGAGGCACCCGGGCCCUGCUUGAGAUGCUGAACCUCCAUCCAGCUGUGGUCAAAGCCUCUCAAGAAAUCCACUUUUUUGACAAUGACGAGAAUUAUGCCAAGGGCAUUGAGUGGUACAGGAAAAAGAUGCCUUUUUCCUACCCACAGCAAAUCACAAUUGAAAAGAGCCCGGCAUAUUUUAUCACGGAGGAGGUUCCGGAAAGGAUUUACAAAAUGAACUCAUCCAUCAAGCUGUUGAUCAUUGUCAGGGAGCCAACCACAAGAGCUAUUUCUGAUUACACUCAGGUGCUAGAGGGGAAGGAGAGGAAGAAUAAAACUUACUACAAGUUUGAGAAGCUGGCCAUAGACCCUAAUACCUGCGAAGUGAACACAAAGUACAAGGCAGUAAGAACCAGCAUCUACACCAAACAUCUGGAAAGGUGGUUAAAGUACUUUCCAAUUGAGCAAUUUCACAUUGUCGAUGGAGAUCGCCUCAUCACGGAGCCUCUGCCAGAACUUCAGCUCGUGGAGAAGUUCCUAAAUCUUCCCCCGAGGAUAAGUCAGUACAAUUUAUAUUUCAAUGCUACCAGAGGGUUCUAUUGCUUGCGAUUUAACAUUAUCUUUAAUAAGUGCCUGGCGGGUAGCAAGGGGCGCAUUCAUCCAGAGGUGGACCCCUCUGUCAUUACCAAAUUGCGCAAAUUUUUUCACCCUUUCAAUCAAAAAUUUUACCAGAUCACUGGGAGGACAUUGAACUGGCCCUAAAAUAAUAAGUCAUAUAACACUAUGUGUUGUGGCUGGAGACACACAAUGUCUCCUCUAGAUUAAAAUAUGCACUUUUCGUAGACACAACUAUCCAAGUCAUUUUUCCAUGUAUCCUUGUACAUACACAGUGUGUGACCAAAUAUAAGAUCAAUUCUUUUUCUAUCGAAAAGUUACAAAA